AUGUCCCUCAAGAUAAACACGCCUCCGCCGCCGCCUGAGAAGUUGGAUUCUCAUCUUGGUUAUUUGACGAUAUCUUCGUCGGAAGAUUCGAGUGACGACGACCACCACCACCACACGGAAAACGUAUUCACUAGAAGAGAAGAUCACCCGGAGCCGGAGUUGUUGGCCAGCUCUGUGGGUAAAAACGAUGUAAAUGGGAAACUCAUACCUUCUUCGUCGACCAUAUCGUUACUUUCUUUAAACCAUCAGGAAUUGUCAUCACCAAAGCUUAUGCAUGCUUCACUGCUGCAGCAGCAGCAGCAGCAACCACCACAACCACAGCCGGUAGCACAGCCAAUACUACUAAGAAAAAACUCUGAGCUUCUGGGUUUUUCAAACUUGCAGAGACUACUGACGUAUAGUAAAUUAGCAUCACCCUUGUCACAUCUACCUCAUCCCAAUACAACAGCAGCUGUGGAAUUUGCUGGUUUUCAGUCUUUACAAGCAGCCUCAGCUGCUGCUGCGGCUGCACCACAAUCAGCACUGCAAGUAGCACUGCAAGCACCGCAGGCACCGCCAGGAUCCAUACCAAAUUCCCCUUAUUUGAAUCCAACUUCACUCGGUGGUUCACCGUCGAGGUUUUGGCUUUCAAAUCAAGAAAUAACUAUAGCUAGUGGCAGGUAUCAAGUUAAAGUGACAAAGAGUCGAAAUAACCAACAACAACAACCAGUACCAACUCAAACUCGUAAUAAUAGACCGCCUGUUUCAGGGGGCGACUCAUCGCCUAUGUUGAAUCCAGUGCAAACUCCGCUCGAAGAUCCACCCAUGACUCCACUUUUCUUGAAUAAUAAACCGCAGGAUUAUUUUACUAAUCACUACUCACAUCGUCAUCAGAGAGAGUUACAAGAAGAUGAGGGAUUUUCACAAGAUGAAUCGCAAUCCGAAUACGGCAAAAACAGAGAUGAUGAAGAGGAAAUGGAGAAAAAAGAUAAAGAUGAAGAUGAAGAAUUAGAUAUGGAUAUACUGUAA